CUUUUUUUGUUGAUUUAGCCAUUCAAGUGGUUUUUUCUUUUUGUUUUGGAUCAAUGUUGUUUUUUGCGCUUCAUUGUCAAAUCAGGAAUCAUGUUGAAAAUGAUACAUUUAUCAAAAAUGAUGACAAUUUCUCGUCGAAUGUUUUCGACAUCAUUAUCUCGGCCGACCAUGGUUGAAAUGUUCUAUGAUCUGGCAUCACCGUAUACUUGUUUACAGGUUCAUUUACUUGAUCGUCAAUUGGGUCAUUGGAAAUCAAUGGAUUUGAAAAUGACACCGGUAUCGAUAGCACAUAUAAUGAAAGCUUCAUCAAAUUCACCACCAAUUAAGGUCCAGGCUAAAGGUCGAUAUAUGUUUAGAGAUCUUAAAGACCUGUCCGAAUAUUAUCGGAUUCCAUUUGCAUUACCGGAUAUAUUCGUCGAUACAGUUUUCGAAAAAGGCACUGUUAAAACACAACGAUUUAUGAUGGCCGUCCAUGAAAAUGCACCAGAAUUACAUGAUAAAUUAAUUCGUAUUGCAUAUGCCAAUUUUUUUACGACUGAAAAUGCUGUUGAUAUAGCCAACAUUGAAGAGAUGAAAAAAUUGGCUUCAAAAGCAGGAUGUUCGACUGAUUUGAUUGCAAAAAUCGAACAAGAUAUGAAUGAUGACAAGGUGAAAACGGCAUUGAAACAAAAUACAGAUCGCGUCGUUGAAUUGGGAUGUUUUGGUCUUCCAAUGACACUGGUUCAUCGUUCGGAUGAACCACUGGAAAUGAGUUGGGUUUUUGGUUCGGAUCGAAUACAUAUUAUUGGUCAUUAUUUGGGUGAAAAAGAACCACCAAUUCUUAGAUAGAUUUUAAUUAGAAAAUAAUUUAAAAAAAAAAUGGUAUAAAAUUCGAUAAAUUUAGCUCCAAACGAACAAUGUGUACGUCAUUUAUGAUGAGUUAAUGCAAGAAAAAAAAAUACGAAAACAGUGUUUUCGAUUUA